AUGGCUUCGCUGGCAGCGCAGUACGAAAGAGCUAGGAACGACGGCCAACGUCUCACUUGGGCCAAACAGGUGCUCAAGUAUGUCGAACGCAACUUCGCCGACGGCACAAAGAUCAGCGAACCCAAUCUGGUCAAGUGGACCGACGAAGCCAUCUCCAUCAUCACCGCCAACGCCUCGUCUCCGCGUCCCGAACCUGAAGCGCUCUUCUUACGAGGCGACCUGCAGGCGUCCGGCGCUUUCCCCACCUAUCUCGCCAAGAAUCUCAAGGAAGCGUUCAACGAUUUCGAACUUUCCGCUCGCAUGGGCUGGGCUCCCAGCUGGUUCCGAAUCGGCCGUGAUUACGAGGUGCUUGGCGAUCUCGCCCGCGCCAGAGAUGCGUACGAGCGAGGAGUACACGUAGCGGAUGUCGGCUGCAUCUACAGGAUGGGGAUGGCCAAUCUGCUCGCUCAGCUUGAGCUACCUACCAGCUACCCUAGAGCUAUCGCAAUACUACGCGAUGCCGCCGACAAGGCCGACCUCGACACACCCCAACCAGCAUACAUCUACGGCAUGCUGCUCGCCGGCGAAUUCUCCCACGUCGACAUUCCGUCCCACUUGCUCAGACCUGCCAACGAACCGGUGUCUGCCACCGAAGACGAGGCGCGGCGCCGUAUUCAACGCGCUGCAUAUCUCAACUUUGCGCCGGCGCAGUUCAAAUGCGGCUGGCUGUUCGAGUAUGCGCAGCUCGGGUGCGCAUUCGAUCCUCUGCUCAGUGUGCAGUAUUACAGCUUGGCAUCGCAGGGAGGCGAGGUGGAGGCCGACAUGGCUCUGUCCAAGUGGUUCCUCUGUGGAGCCGAAUCUUUCUUUGAAAAGAAUGAACAGCUCGCCUACACAUUUGCAGACAAGGCAGCACGCAAAGGGCUUGCUUCGGCCGAGUUCGCACUCGGCUACUAUCACGAGGUCGGUGUCGGGACGGAGAGAAACGUCGAACUUGCCAGAAAGUGGUACAGGAAGGCGGCUGCGAAGGAUAAUACAGAUGCUCGUGAGAGGCUGCAAGCAUUGCAGGCUCCACAAGCACUCGGCAUCUCGCGUCAGCAACACGAAGCAGUCAUGGACGACAAGCUGGUGCGCAAGCGCACUCAAGCCAAGAUGCUCUCGGAUCGCGAGGGUCGCAGUCCCGUCUUUGAGCGUGAUCAAUACCUUGGAGCCGGCGCCAGCACGGGCAGCGGCCAGGGUGGCAGUGCUGGGCAACGAAGGCCGAGCGGUCCCGUCAAUGGCCCCACCAACACCAACAAUGGCCGACUCGCACCGAAUGCUGCUGGUGCCAGUGACUUUAAGAGCAAUAACAACAACCUCGAGCUGUCGAGAAAGAAGACGAUGAAGAUGGUUGAAGAGACGGCCGCCGGACGCAAAAGGCCAAAUUACGGGUUCGAAGGAAGACCGAGACGAGACGCAAGCACCGCGCCUUCAAUGCCAACCACAUCUGCUGCUCCAAAGCAGCAGACGCGGCCCGAUGGUCCCCCUGCCGCUUCCGCCGCUCCUGCGCCCACGCAUGCUGGUCGCAUUCCCUCAGGCACGCAAGGGGCGUCAACAGCGGGCCGCCACGGAACUGGCUAUACCCUGAACGACGGCAGAUCCUCGCACUCCAAGCCGCAAUCAGGCACCCUUCCGCCGUCGUCCAACACCUCGGCUGCAAAUUCCAAACAGUCGUCUGGGUCCGACGAUGCGUCCAAAAAACCGUACAACACAUUCGCAGAGAUGGGAUUUGCGCCCCAGAAGCAGUCCAAAAAGGACGAAUGCGUCAUUUGUUAG